AUGGCUUCAAAAUUACCACCCAAAAGAGUUAUACAAGGGGCAAAUGUGGGUGAUGUGAAUGUGGUUGCAAGUGAAAAAACUCCUAAAGCUAGAUCAGAUGACACAAAUACUGAAUUCUUCUUAAAAAUAUGUGUCCAGGAGGUCCAGAUUGGGGUGAGUUACAACUACAAGCAACUAAAAAACAAAUGGGACUCACUUAAGAAAGAGUUUGCUAUAUGGACAAAGUUAGCGGAGCACCUGACAUGGCUUGGUUGGGACCCUGUUAAGAGGGAAAACCUAGAAUAUUUGAAAUGUAGAAAUGAGGGUUCAAAGUUCUUGGACAUGAUGGAGAUAUGCUUCAAAGAUAUAGUGGCGAUAGGCUACAUGGCAUUGGUACCAUAUGCUGACCCGUCAACUGAGAAUGAAGUUUCUAAAAAAAAUGCUUAUGCUCGGAUGAAUGAAAUAGACAUAGAGAUAGAUAACUUUGAUGAUGAUGGUGACAGUUGUCAACAAUAUAAUGAUGUUAUAAGGGAAUAA